AAUUCUAGUGAAGUGGACGCGAAGCAAGGAAGCUCUUCCUCCUUAAAUAUCUUUCUUCUACAUACAUCUUAACUAGAAUCACUCCUUGCUGCUCCGUAACCUUCUCUCCUCUGGAAUCCCAAUAAAAAGGACACUCUUGUUUCACUUUUGCCUCAUUCUAUCUCUUAAUUUGUCUCUUUCAGAGACUAAAAAUUAACUAACAAACACGAUGGACACUGAGGAGGGCGUGGUGGUAAUCAAGAGAGCAGAGAUCGAUACACGCCCACCAUUCCGGUCAGUUAAAGAGGCUGUUACAUUGUUCGGCGAGAAAGUUUUGGCCGGCGAGCUCUAUGCUAACAAGCUCAAAGAGAUGGAGGUUGGAGCAGUUGAAAAUGGGCACGGUUGUUCGAAGCUUGGAACAGUAGCAGCAGAGCUAGAGGAAACAAAACAGAGCCUUGAAAAGGCUAAAGAAGAAAGCAUAAUGAUGGCAAAUUGUGUAUCUUCUCUUAAAGAAGAACUUGAAAGAACAAAGCGAGAGCUCCAACAAUUGAAGGUACGUGAAGCAGAAAUGGAGUCUGAAAUUGAGGAUGUGAAGGUUGUCGAAGAUUCAUCAAAAUUUGAAGUGAAAAACCAAUUUAAAGAAGAAGAUGAAGGAAUUGAAUUCCAAAAGAAAAGAUAUGUAACUUUUGCAAAUCCUCCCUCUUUAACUCAAGUUAUGAUUCCACAAGGGCUUGAAGCACUUGAGAGACAUCCUUCUCUUAGGAAGAAGAAGAAGAAACCAUUAAUCCCUCUAAUUGGAGGGAUUUUCUCUAAGAAAAAAGGCAGUCAAAAACUCACUUCCCUUUGAGCUAAGAUACUUUUGCAAAUUGAAACCAUAACGUCUUCCCAGUUGUCAACAAUAAUAAUAUAUGUUCCACAAAUUUUUUCAUUUUUCUUAAUUUCUUCUUUCAGUUCUGUGUAAUCAUUCUAGCUAAUUAAGUUAGCAUGGAAUGUUGAAUUCUGGUAUCAUAUGGUUGCUCUGUGACAAAACUAUAGAGUAAUAAAAUGUAUUUAAAUCA